CCAGUGCUGGCAGAGCGCAGAAGACGUCGUGCACGACAAUAGGAGGUUCGUUGUAAAUAGUUGUCCGGGAAAUAACGAACAGAGAAAAACGUUUCGGGCAUCAGCUGUCAAGGGAAAACACCUGCCGCAUUGCCUUUGGUAGGCUAGUCUGUACUUUCAUAUGUCCACAAAAAUGGAGCAACCGUUUUAUCAUGACGACUCGUUUCUCUCUGCUUAUGGUCACCCAGACGCUGCCCUGCAUGACUACAAGCUUCUAAAGCAGAACAUGAGCCUGGGCUUCCCCGAACCUUACCGGAACCUCAAGUCCAUCCGCUCUGACAGCAACUUCUACACUGCAAACGGAGACGUGGGAUCGCUGAAACUCGCCUCUCCGGAACUGGAAAGACUCAUUAUACAGAACGCUAACGGUGUCAUCACAUCACCCACUCCGGGGCAGUAUCUAUACACCCGGGGCAUCACAGAGGAACAGGAGGGAUUCGCCGACGGAUUUGUGAAAGCGCUGGACGAGCUCCAUAAAAUAAACCAAAUGCCCCCGCCGAACGUCUCCAUCGGAGUCGGUGGCCUGUCGUCCUGCUCGGCGGCAUCCUCGGUGUUCGGCGCUUCCCUGCAGCCGGAUACUCCCGUGUACACAACCCUGAGCAGCUGCAAUCCUAACACUAACCUCACACCCGUCACCAACUACCCGACAGCCACCAUCAGCUAUCUGCCUCAUCAUCAUCAACAGUACCAUCAUCAUCACCAAGCCACAACGCAUCAUCACCCUUACCAGCACUCGCUGCCAGGCGCCGCGGUGCACCCGCAGCGACUCGUUGCGCUUAAAGAAGAGCCACAGACCGUUCCUGACCUCCAGAGCAGCGACGGGUCUCCUCCAAUGUCUCCCAUCGAUAUGGAGGACCAGGAACGAAUCAAAUCCGAGCGCAAGAGGCUCAGGAACCGGCUGGCGGCCACAAAGUGCCGGAAACGGAAGCUGGAGCGCAUCUCCCGGUUGGAGGACAAAGUUAAAGUGCUCAAGACAGAUAACGCCGGACUGUCCAACACCGCGUCGCUGCUGAGGGAGCAAGUGGCCCAGCUUAAGCAGAAGGUCAUGACCCAUGUGAGCAGUGGAUGCCAGCUGAUGUUGACGCCAAAGAUCAAAUCUUUUUAAAAACGAACUGCAAUAACUCGGACUCUGAAAAAAAGGGAAAACACUGGAAGAGACGAUGAUGUUUGUGGUGUUUUGUUGCAAAUAAUAUUACAGCACUGAGUACGAGCGUUGUAUAUGUCUAAUGUGUUUUCUUGUGGAAAACUUAUAGUCUUAUAGUCCAUUGUUUUCAAAAAGCAUUCGGGGUUUCAGUCUUUGUUGAUAAGGUACUCAUUGCACAUGAAAGCAAACGUAUAGAACAACUUGAAAGUGAACAUUACGUAAAUUUGUAAUUUUGUUUUAACCGUUCAGUAAGUUAUUGGUAUUGUGUGUCAGGUUGAUACAGACUGUUCAAUGUACUUUUGUUUAUAUUUUUAUAUUUAAGUAAAGUAAAAAACAUUUCGAACAACUCUA